CAGAGCAGAGCAGGAAAAUAUGAUCGGAGUGUAAAUCAGAGGAACGGUUCGCCCUCGGCCAGCGCCCAUGGACGGCUCUAAGGAACCACGCAGCCUCGCCAGGAGCACCUAAACCCGCCUUUGAGCCUCCUUCUCCUCGGUUCCUCCCGGUGAACCGCUCCCUAUGAUGGAACGGGCGAUGGAGCAGCUCAACGUACAGCUCAACCGGCUGACCCGCUCCCUCCGCCGGGCCAGAACCGUGGAACUCCCGGAAGAUAAUGAGACGGCGGUGUACACACUGAUGCCAAUGGUCAUGGCCGAUCAGCACAGGUCAGUGUCAGAGCUGCUGCUCAACUCCAAGUUUGACGUGAACUACGCCUUCGGUCGGGUAAAGAGGAGUCUGCUGCACAUUGCUGCCAACUGUGGAUCGGUGGAGUGUUUAGUCCUGCUGUUGAGGAGAGGAGCUAACCCCAACUAUCAGGACAUCUCAGGCUGUACUCCUCUGCACCUCGCUGCCAGGAACGGGCAGAAGAAGUGUAUGGGCCGACUGCUGGAAUAUAAUGCUGACGUAAACAUCUGCAACAACGAGGGGCUGACCGCUAUCCACUGGCUGGCAGUGAAUGGGCGGACCGAACUGCUCCAUGAUCUGGUCCAGCACGUGUCCAACGUGGACGUGGAGGACGCCAUGGGACAGACAGCUCUGCAUGUGGCCUGUCAGAACGGACACAAAACUACGGUGUUGUGUCUGCUGGACAGCGGAGCUGACAUCAACCGACCAAAUGUCUCUGGAGCCACGCCCCUUUACUUCGCCUGCAGUCAUGGCCAAAGGGACACGGCUCAUAUUCUUCUCUCUCGAGGAGCCAAAUACCUCGCUGACAAGAACGGGAUCACUCCGCUGGAUCUCUGCGUACAGGGUGGAUACGGGGAAACGUGUGAGAUCCUCAUCCAGCAUCACAACCGCCUGUUUCAGACUCUGAUCCAGAUGACACAGAAUGAUGACAUUAAAGAGAACAUGCUUCGCCAGGUUCUGGAGCAUGUUUCUCAGCAGAGCGACAGUCACUACCAGAGGAUCCUGACCAGCCUGGCUGAAGUCGCCACGACCAACGGACACAAACUCCUGAGCCUGUCCAGCAGUUAUGAAGCUCAGAUGAAGAGUCUGCUGAGAAUUGUUAGGAUUUUCUGCCACGUAUUUCGUCUCGGACCCUCAUCACCAAGCAAUGGCAACGACAUGGGCUACAAUGGCAACAAGACGCCACGCAGCCAGGUCUUUAAGCCGUUGGAGCUGUUGUGGCACUCCCUGGACGAGUGGCUGGUGCUCAUCUCCACAGAGCUGGACAGGAACACGAAGAACCCGUCCUCUUCCUCCUCCAGCAGCGAGAUCGCCUCCUUGCUGCUCAAACAGAGAGAGGCUGACCCCUCCUCGUCACCGCCAAAGCUCCCCUCCCUGCUUGACCCUCAGAUGGUCAUAGAAACAGACGUUUACCCCGACGGAGAGGAUGUGAUCUCCAUGACAGCCAAUCGUCUCAGUGCGGUGAUCCAGGCCUUCUACAUGUGCUGCUCCUGUCAGAUGCCACAAGGGAUGACGUCCCCUCGUUUCAUUGAGUUUGUCUGCAAACACGACGAGGUGCUGAAGUGUUUUGUAACCAGGAAUCCAAAGAUCAUCUUUAACCACUUCCACUUCCUGCUGGAGUGUCCUGAGCUCAUGUCCCGGUUCAUGCACAUCAUUAAAGGACAGCCCUUCAAGGAUCGCUGUGAGUGGUUCUACGAGCAUCUGCUGGCCGGCCAGCCCGACUCCGACAUGGUUCACCGUCCGGUCAACGAGAACGACAUCCUGCUGAUCCAUAGAGACUCCAUCUUCAGGAGCAGCUGUGAGAUGGUUUCAAAGUCCACCAAUGAGAAGCUCAAACAGGGCAUCGCUGUCCGCUUCCACGGAGAGGAGGGCAUGGGCCAGGGUGUGGUCAGGGAGUGGUUCGACAUCCUGUCCAAUGAGAUCAUUAAUCCAGACUACGGCCUGUUCACACAGUCAGCCGAUGGCACCACUUUCCAGCCCAACAGUAACUCGUCAGUAAACCCAGACCAUCUGAACUACUUCAGGUUUGCAGGUCAGAUUCUGGGUCUAGCUCUGUAUCACAGACAGCUGGUCAACAUCUACUUCACCCGCUCCUUCUACAAACACAUUCUGGGCAUCCCGGUAAACUACCAGGACGUGGCGUCCAUCGAUCCAGAGUACGCCAAGAACCUCCAGUGGAUCCUGGACAAUGACAUCAGCGAUCUGGGUCUGGAGCUCACCUUCUCUGUGGAGACGGACGUGUUUGGAGCGAUGGAGGAAGUCCCGCUCAAACCUGGAGGAACCAGCAUCCUGGUGACCCAGGACAACAAGGCCGAAUACGUCCAGCUGGUGACGGAGCUGAGAAUGACUCGGGCCAUCCAGCCUCAGAUUAACGCCUUCCUGCAGGGUUUCCACACCUUCAUCCCCCCGUCACUCAUCCAGCUCUUCGACGAGUACGAACUGGAGCUCCUGCUGUCGGGGAUGCCAGAGAUCGAUGUUCAGGAUUGGUGCAGGAACACCGAGUACACCAGCGGAUACGACCAACAGGAACCAGUGAUCGAGUGGUUCUGGGAGGUGGUGAGGAGUCUGACUCAGGAGGAGAGAGUUCUUCUGCUGCAGUUUGUCACUGGAAGCUCCAGGGUUCCUCAUGGGGGCUUCGCCUUCCUGAUGGGGGGCAGUGGUCUACAGAAGUUCACAGUGGCUGCGGUGCCGUACACCUCCAACCUGCUGCCUACCUCCAGCACCUGCAUCAACAUGCUCAAACUUCCCGAGUACCCCAGCAAGGAGGUCCUCAGAGACCGGCUGCUGGUCGCACUGCAUUGUGGGAGCUAUGGGUACACCAUGGCGUGAUCAUCGCAUCACUUCUUGCUGCUGAGAGCGUCCUACAUAGCGGUGGGCGGAGCUGCUUCUGCUAGAUAAAGAAGGGAAACCCUGAUUCCUCUUUGACGUGCUGCUGGAUGCACGGGACGCCAGACGGACCUGGGAUCUCACCUUGUACCCAUGCCAAAAUAAGUCUGAGUCUGAUGGUGGCUGGUAUCUGGUGAUUUAUGCAAAAAAACAUCUUUGCAUGCGAUCAAUCUCAUGCAUUUAGUGAUUUAAAGCAUUUAAACCAUGAAUCCUCCUUAAUGAUCAUGUAGGAACAUAUCCAUGCAGGAACACUGAAUGUAAACUAGAGAUUACCUGGAGAGAAUCAGAAUAAUUCAUCAAUCAAAGUGCAUUUCUGCAGAUUUCUUAAAGGGCCAGCAUCACUCCACAUCAAGCUGCUUUUGUUUCUAAUUACAGAAAUGUAAUUUUUUUUAAACAUGCUCUACUUUUUACUAAAUGUCUCAGCUAAAAGCUUCAAAAGUUUCUGCAUGUCUCCUGUAGUUUUAUUGAUCCUGCAGCAGGUUUUAGCUGAAAUUGGCUAUAAUCACUGAUUGAUCAAACGUGUGUCCAUGAAAAGUUAAGCAUAAAAUCAUAAACCUGAAGUUUUUACAGUACUGCUUCAAACUAACUUAAUAUUUUCCAAAUAAAAAGCUUUUUCUUAAAUUGAAAAUAAAGGUACUUCUAGAAAACCUUAAAGGUCAUUUCCACUGGUUCUGGUUCAGUUUGGUACAAUAGGCGUUUGUAUUAUCAAAAAUUGGAAAGGGUCCAAAAUAGCUGAUCCAUACUGUCCAAGCUUACCUGUCCGUUCCAAAAAGGGUGAAGCUACAUUGACAAUAGAGGGUUUACUCUGACAGCAGUCUGCUCUAUGAAGGGUGAGUGAAAACAGGAGAAAAAUAGAUGAAUAUCUCUUGAAAUGAGGGAUAUUUGGACUCAACAGGGAUCCAGACUGUUUCCUGGACUAUUGAUGUUGUUAAAUGGCCACAAAUCAGGUUACCUGGACCUGAUGUUAAAGAACACAAAGCAGAGCCUGGAGGUUCACAUCAGCCUGGUUUAUCAGUGGAGGAUGUGAAACUGAAUAAGUGUCAAAGUGUUGGUAAUAUGACGCUUUGGAUCAGCUGUUUCUCUGUAUUUCAAUGAUUGCUUUUUACCGUAGCGCCGCUCUGUGGUUGUUAAAUCUGUUGGGCAAAUUCUGUGUGAAUUUUAAAUCAAGCUCAGCGUACCCGCCUGUCUUAACCUAGUUUGAUUUUAACACUUUAAUGUUAUUUUUACUGUGACAAAUUCACCAGAACAGCUCUCAUCUUUUAUGUAAUACUUUAUAAACAGUUGAAGUGUCAGACACGUUCAUGAAUAUAGCUUUAGUAUCUGUGAAAAAGGUCAGUAUUUGGUCUGCCUCCUAUAUGAGAGAGAUUAUUUUCUGGUUGAUCUGCAGAAACUGAAGGUCUGAAUUUUCUGUUCAGAGGUGGAAGAAUGAGAUUUACAUUCAUCACUAACUGCUGUAUCUUCUGUAAUAGUCUAGCUUUAUUGUGUCUUUAUUAAAGCUGUAGUUAGGGAUUUUUUCUUAGAGUCGUAUGCCCACAAAAACAUGCUCCAGCCAAUGAGGAGGCUAGCACUCACAGCCAAUCAAGGCUCAGGUCAGAGGGAGCGUUCCUAUUGGCUGCUGUAGUAGGUGCGCUUCUGCCUCUCAGCUCAGUGAGAAGUUGAUUCAACGGCAGAGUUACGGCAGUGUUUGGUCCUAUGUAGAAUCUGUUCAUGCUGAGAUGAAGUGUUUUCUUACCUGUGAUUCGGUUGUUGAAAGGCGUGGAAAGGCGGAGCAAAAAAAGGAACGCCAAAAUGAAAAUGAAGCCAUAACACAGCGGUUACGCCUUCAUCACACACCCAGACAUGGCUGUGAGGAUAUUUAUGCAUGUGUAAUCAGAGCUUUGAUUGGGUGUAGGAUCACAUUUAAACAUUAACUGCUGCAGGCUGAAUAAAUCUACUGAAACAAGUUCUAAAUCUUCACAUCUAGAGGUCUUUAGGUCCAUGAAAUGGAAAAUCAAGGCUGCAUUUAACAAACAAAGAUUGCAAUUUAAGUUUUCAGACUUUCUAAAUAUCCUUUUUCAUUUCUCUGCAGUGUCCCUCUCUCUGUUUAACACUCCUGUUCUUCUUUGACCAGUACUUCCAGUGUGAACCACUAAAACCCCUCCAUUCUCUGUCCUACCUCCAUCACUUCCGUAAAUGCCAAUUUAACAUCCGGCUCUGUGGAGAGACCCGGCCCUUCCUCUGAAGCCAAACAUCUGAUUCUCCUUUAGAAAUUGAAAAAUAAAAUGCUGCAUAGCCAAAAGUCUGUGGACAGCCUAAGCUCAAUUAAUGUGUGAAAAGUGACAAAAUAUUAGGCAUUUCUAUGCUUCUCUCACACUCCUGGAUUUCCGACUGACUGUGAAGGCCUUGGCACACUGAGUUUGUUGUUUUUGUCUAAAAUUGCUGAAUGUUUCAAAAGAAAUCAGACCCCAUGUUGUUUAAAUUCGUCAAAGUGCUUUUAGGAUUAUUUGAGUUUUGGUCACAGCAGCUGCAGCUGUCCAGAUGUCCUGCACACAUAAAACAAUCUGAUUGGCUGGAUGUAACAUGAGAACCAGCCAAUCAACACUAAAGCCUGGGUACCAAUGGCACAGUGAGCGUGUGGAACCACUUCCUGUUUCCUGCUGCUAUCGUGUAGCUCUGUCCAGUUUCUCAUGCUCAUAGAUUUUGGGCUAAAUUGUUUAUUUUUCUUCAUUUUUUUGGAUCAUCUGGUUUUACUCCAGCCACAUUUAGAACUUUCUCUGUGUCAUAAUAAACACAUUGGUUCCAUACAUCAUUAACAGGGGGUAUUUGCCCUGAAAAACCAACACUGGUCGACCCUUACAUUCAUAAUAAAUAGAUAAACAAACUCAGCAUGCCAGGUUCAAGUGUGGUGUUUUUUUAAUCAGAGUACGGAUCUGAAAAUUCCAGCCUCAGUGUGCAAAGGCCUUGGUAGUUUCCUCUAAACACAAAUAUAAAAAUGAAGAUGCAUUUCACGUUUCCCUACCUGGACACUCCUCUAUGGAGUCAUUAUUGUUGCAGAUCUCAAGAGCACAUUGUAACAUUUUGAGAGCAUGCCAUUCAAAUCCCCCAUGGACGUUUCACAAAAUCCUUCUUACAACUCCUUUACUGCAUGAACCAAGCUAACCGCUACCUGAGCACUCAUGACUGUAAAACUUGGGAUUUAGCACAAAAAUGUAGAUGAAGGUAAGGCUGCAAGUCUGUGGACAUACUUCUUUACAUGGAGGAAGGAGCUGCAUAUCCUUUUCAAACUUUUAAGCCAUAUUAGUUUUACCUUUUUUAAGUCUUCUCUCUGGUAGCUGGUUAGUCUGACUCAGAUAAGUCUGAUUUUAUGUCUAAUAAUCAAAUCCACUGUGGAGAAAAUAAAUGGGAUUUUACUUCCUGAACCACUCUGAGCUGUUUCUGCUCUUGGGUUUUUGAUAAACCAACCAAUAGGAAACAGGAAGAGGAUGGACCAAUCAUGUUAGCUCUGCCCGUUGUUGCUAUGCUGUUCUCCAGGAGACAUUUGAUCUCACUGAGAGUCCCAACAUUCGAUCACACACAUCAUCAGUCACUUCCUAGCUCUAUAACUCCACCUCAGCUCCUCCUACAGACUUCAUUUUGGCUUUAAAAAUGAGACAAAUUAUUCAGCUAUUUCUGCUCGAUUAAUUAUUUUUGCUGAAUGACAGAUUUUUAAUGAUCACUGUUAAAGUUUGAUGAUGAUUUUUGACCCUUAGACUUUUACCGUGUGUGUGAUAGAACGUUUGGACUCUCUCAGUGAGAUUAAAUCUGUCCUGGAGAACAGCAUAGCAACAAUGAACAGAGCUAACGUGAUUGGUCCAUCCUCUACCUGUUUCCUGUAGAGUGAUGAAAGAAUGAGUCCUGGAGCGAAGAAGUGAGUUAGCAUCUAAGCUGUUCUGGUUCCCUGGUCUGACAGUCUUUGGGAUUUUUGACUGGGUUCACAGUUAAAUGCCUGAAAUAAGAUCUGUGGUGAACACAAGCUCAAGAGAGUUUAAUGUUUUAUUUCACAUCUGAAACGUGCCCCACCUUUGAGUCGUGUAUCUUUCCAUGUCCUGAUAAAGGCGGUUGCUUACAGUGUUUGUUGGGAUCGUAUAUGUCAUCACCCCAAGGUGGCCAAUGAGCCUACCGCUCGCUCCAUCUGCAGAUGAUGGCGUUAAAUUCAGCCAACUGUGUCGUAGUUCGAUAUAGCAUGACAUCAGCUUUUUACUUUCGUCAGUUAUACUUACAGACCAAAUAUGAUGCCUGUAUUAUUAAUCUGUGAAGAUCAUAUGAACAAAGUAUGUAAGUUUCUUAAACGUUUAUUGGACACAGAUCUUAUUUUUAGCAAUGAUCCAGUGAAAAACCCCACAGGCUCUCUGCUGAGGGAACACACGCCACGCUAGCUCACGGGUUUGUCUACAAAAUUACGUCACGUCUGCACCGCCCUACUGGUUGGUUCCAGACUUACAUUUUCAGCGCAGAGAAAGUUUUGUACAGAAUAUCAGAGAAAAAUCAGAGUGUCAUUUUGACGAACAAGCAGGAUCAACCUGAAUGAGAGGAGAGCGGUCGGAACAGGAAAUACGAUCAACUAAAGAUCAAGCAGACAUUUAGCACACAAACGCAGACAAUCUAAUAAGGAGAUGGUUGAGAGCACAAAGGCGGCUUUGAAUGGAAAAACUUUCAAACAAACUCUUGAGUUUUGCAGCAAUAAUGACUCCAUACUUCCCUGUUGGCCAUGUGGUUGCCAAAGUGGCCCAAUAAUGAAACAUUAAAACAGAGAUCAUCAGGUGGACUUUGCUGUAUCUCAUUAGUGGAUUUUGUUUUUAGAACAAAAAGCUGCAGAUUAAAGAGUUUUCUGAUUUUAUUUUUUCUGUUUUUAUUCAUCUGCUGAAUCAUUCGUCCCUGCAGCAUUAAAUGCUCCUGUCCUGUGGUGUAUCGUCUCAAGUCUUUGUAUUUUUGUACUGAAUAUUUUGCUGUUUUCCGUAUCAUGAAUGAACAUCAAUCUUCUGUUUUGUAGAUCUGAACCAGAAGCCAUGCAAAGGUUUCUAAACGACAUGUGAUUGGCUGGCUGUGCCAAAGGUAAAAGGCUGGAUUUGAAGUGUUAUUGUUGGUAUUUUUGAUCCAGAAGCAUGCUGAAUAUUUGAGACAGGAAUUGUGAUUUAAAUGUUCCUCUAGUAAAGGGAGUGUACAUAUUAAUGGGCUGUUAUCUAUCAGUAUUGUUUUGGACUGAGAUUCUUUUGAAAAUGAGCCUUUUUACAUAUUUCUGUACAUGUUCAGUAUCAAAUGAUGUAUUUUACCAUGAGACGACGCUGUGCUUUAAGGUUUUUUCCAAUAAAAGCAGUUUUUUUUUUGGA